GUCACGUUGUGGGGGUCUUCCCUAACGACCUUCAACAUAAAAAGUCCCCCCCAAACCCUCUCUCUUCCCCCCCUUUACUCACUUCCACCUCCUGAAAAUCCCAAACAAUUUGAUCUGAAGCUGCUCAUCUGUGAGACAUGCAUACAAACAAACAAAAAGAAACCCUGAAGUUUUGCCUUGUGUGCCCCUUCUGUAACCAAUAAACACACCUUCCACUGCUGUCUUCUCCAUCCUCUUAGGUUGUCUCUCCGUGUAAAAGGGUGCGGAGUGAAGGAAGGAUGGAGUGAGAGUACUGAGGCCAAUCAGCUGUUUGAACAUGACCAGCAAUGGUAGCCUUAGCUCUGCUUCUUCUUCUUCAUCUUCUUCUAGAGAAGGGCUAGGGCUCGGGGCAGACAUGGGUUUGGGGUCCCUCUCUCUCAGCCCCAAGAUCCGCGAUCGCGCGGAAGCGAUUGGCGGCUUCUGGGGCUUUAGGUGCGCCAAGAGCGGUGCCGGUCAGCAGCAAGAGGAGCAGCAAAGGAGCCCGGCAGCGAGUGAACAGAGCAACGGGCAGUCGGGUAAUAGCAGUAAGCUGUGUGCGAGGGGCCAUUGGCGGCCCGCCGAGGACAUGAAGCUCAAGGAGCUCGUGGCACUCUACGGCCCCCAGAACUGGAACCUUAUCGCAGAGAAGCUCGAAGGCCGAUCAGGGAAGAGCUGCAGGCUUAGAUGGUUCAACCAGCUGGACCCGAGGAUCAACCGGAGAGCGUUCACAGAAGAGGAGGAGGAGAGGCUAAUGCAGGCCCAUCGGGUCUAUGGGAACAAGUGGGCUAUGAUAGCGAGGUUGUUUCCUGGCCGGACGGACAAUGCGGUCAAGAAUCACUGGCAUGUCAUUAUGGCCCGCAAAUAUCGGGAACAGUCGAGUGCCUAUCGGAGAAGGAAGCUGAGCCAGUCCAUAGUAUACCGGAGAUCGGACCAAGGCGGGAGCAAUAACCCUAACGUCAACAAUCAAGUUCAAGGGUUUGUUUUAUGCCGAGAUUAUUCUUUUCCUCAUUCUUCAUCCUCUACAGCUGUAAGAGCAGAACCGGCGGCAUUUCCGACAAUACCAUACUUCUUCGACAGUCAAAGUGGAGGGAUAAUCGGCAGUCUCUCUCAGUUGUCCUUCGGAGAUCAGUUCAAUGGUUAUGGUUCUUUUAAUCACAUGAUGAUGAACAAUGGCAUAGAGGAAGAAGGUAGCUCAAGUAAUUUUUGUCCACAAAAUCUGCCUUUCGAUUUCUUCGAAGGUCCAAAGUGCAAUAAUGAGAUGUUGAGCACGUUCAGCCGCACAAGGUCUCGGGACCAGCCUGCUUAUGAUCCUCACCGGAUGGUCCAGGACCCGUACCAGCACUCGAUCUCGACGGCAUCGAUUUCACCGCAGGCUGAAGCUUCAUCACCCAAAUUUAUUGAUUUUCUUGGGGUUGGGGCCACAUGAGAUGAGGAAGUACUUGGGAAGGAGAAUACCGGGGAAAAAGCAGAAAAGGCUGAAAAGUGGAGUGGGUGCUCCAGAGCUAAAUGUAGAUGUCAUCCCAGAUAACCUAAAGUCCCCUUUUUAGAGGUAAAAAAAUGAUAAAACCCCUAAAAAAAAAAAGAAAAAAAAAACAGAGAGAGAGAACGGGGCACAGAUUGGUUUCUGACUUCCAGUGUUCUUUCUUUUCCUUCUGGGUGGUUGCCCAGUGGCGGUAAGACAUUCAUCCACAAAUCAAUCCUUUUAUUUGCCAGUUUCUCCAUGGAGUUCUCUCCCAAUCUUUCCUUGAUUUUUCCAAUUUCAUGUCCUUCGGAUUCAUGUUAAAAGCCCAAAUGGAAAUGUUCCUCUUGAUUUUCUCCC